CUGAGUUAUGAUCCCCUCUACCAGUUGGAUUUUGGAAUGGGACUAUUUUAGUAUCUAUAUGUAUUAUUCAAGUGUGACUAUGGCAUGUGUUUUAGACUGAACCGAGAACAGUGGUAGUGCUGGUGGUUGUUUCACAUAUUUUGUCGUUCAACAAUUGCAUUCCUGCCACCGUUAAGCGGGAUCCUUUUGUUUGGCGUUCCGUGGCUUUUGCAGUUUUGCUUAUUGUCUUGGCUCGUUUUACACUUGAACUAUGUUGUAAUUCAUUUGCCGAUUUUUAAAAAUGUUUCCAUCAGUAUCGUCCGAGUCUUUUAGUGUUUUAUUUUAAACAGUAUAAAAUAAUUCAAUCCGUUCCGACCAUGGUAAGUUAAUAAUCAUUAUGAUAUUAUAACUUUUGUCUAGUUAUUCACACCACGGUCACUUGAUAGUACCAAGUAGUUUGUAGUAAAAAAUCAGAAUUUGAAUAUAAUAUGCACAAUUUAACCAUACGUAUGGGAUAAUCAUGCUUAAAAACACUGUAUAAAACAAUAACUAAUUGAACAGUGAUUUUCAUGAUAAAAUGGUGUGGUAUUAACCUUUUUAUUACAAUAUUUCAGUUUAUUAUCUGAUUAAUAUUUGAUAUAUAGGUACCUAGGUAUUCGUUUAUUCAAUAAUUGUCUCAAUUGCAUUACCCCAAUUCAAUUAAAUCUUCAUUGUAUUUUUAAUUUCUAUGUUUUUUGAUUUAAUCAUCAUGUUAAUAUUCUACAUAUUUUAUUUUAAUACAAAAAAAAGUUAUAGUUUAGCUUGAGCAAUAUAUGGUUACCCAAUUGUUAUGGAAGUAAUAUUAUGUCUGAAGCAUUGAUUUAGAGGAUAAUUAUUGUGAAUUUAUUGUGUUAAUAUAUUAAUAAUAUUAGUACCUACUUACUUAUUAUUCUUAUUUAAAUUACUUGGAUGUUUAACUAUAAUAAAACAAAUUAUAUACCACAAAAUAACACGUUUAAUUUCGUAACAAAUGUACUUAUCUACGACAUCUCUAAACAAUUUCUUCACACAAACCUAUUUAUCUGACUAUUAUUCCUGCUACCCUCCUUACUUAUUCUUCAUCACCCAUCUUAAUAUAGUGUAAAUAAAAUUAUUUGAAAAAUCGCUUCCUAAGUAAUAAUAAUGAUGUUUUUUAGCAAAUAACCCUAAUACAUAGAAUACAGAAAAUACCAUACAGUAUAUAUAAUAAUAUAAUUUGUAAUAUUUGCAAACCUCCUGUAAGCUAAUAGCUUGUGAUGGAGGAUUAUUAUAAGAGUUCAUUAAAUACUAAAUAUAUAAACAUCAAUAACUAUGGUUAGUCGUAUGGUUUAAACAAUUUCAAUUUCAUUGAAGUUUACUAAAUUUAAAAAUUGACGGUUGAUAUAGUAUCAUGCCUGUAUUUAUAUAAAGUAAUUAAGAUAUUUUUAAAAUACAAAGCUUUGGUAUUAUUUACUUCAAGUUCAUGGUACAUAUAUUCAUUAAUAGCUGCACCCGCAACCGGUGUUGCCCGUGCCAAUUUUUAUUAUUAUUAUUUUACCCAUAUUAAUUUUUGGUUUUGGUCUUGUCAGAAUUGAAUGAAAACAAAUAGGUGGAAAGUGGGUAGUCCACCUUCAGCGGACUAAAUGUGUUAUAUUGUGAAAUUUUAAGUGCAAUUAAUAAUAAUAUUAAUAAUACCUAUUUAUAAUAGUUUUCUUUUCCGUAACAUCAAGGUAACCCUUAAAUAAAAAAAAAAUAAAUAAGCAAUUCAUACCAAAUAUACCUAAAAAAUCCUUUCUUGUUGCACGGUGAAAGUAUUAGAGGAACCACUAUUCAAAAUUUCAAGUGCAUAAGUCGAGUAGUUUUUGAGAUACAGCGAUCAGUGAGUUAGUGGUAUUUGGAUUUUUUAUAUAUAUAGAUUAGUAUAUUUUGGUCUAUUCGAUAAGAAUUUGAUUAGGUUGAUGAGAGGUUAAAUGGCUAAAAAGAAGAUAGUACCUUUCUAUUAUUUUUAUUAUUAUUACUAUUAUUAAUAAUUAUAUUUCCUGUGCAUAUUGUACUUAAUUUUUUUUUGAUUGUAAUUUCAAAUAAAAACCAAACAAAUAUUGCAUUUGUCUUGAAUUUUUUUUUUUUUUUUUUUUAAGGCUGAACAAGUCAUAUUAAUUGAUGCCACAACAUUACCUGAAUCCAUGAAUCAUAAUGAUUGUAUUAACCACCCAAAAAUAUUUAGUUAUGGCUGGGAAUUGUUGUACAAGAAACAUUUAACGAAUCUUAUUAAGGCUCUUGAUGUUCACAGUGAUGCAAGUCGUUUAUUUUUACUUCUUCAAUUUGAUAUGUUUAACCUAUCUGAUACUCUGUUAAAAUUAUCCACUCAUAAACUGUGUCAAUUGCCUGAAGCAAUACUAUUAACAAACAAUCUAAAAGAUAUAAUACCAGAUGCGUGCCCUAUUUAUUUGGAUAUAGUUGGAGAAGUGUAUGCAAAUAAUCAUGAUUGUUUGUUUGAAUACAUUGAACUAGUUACUACAAAAAAAAAAUCCUAUCCAAAAUUACAAGAGUAUAACGAGCAUGUUAAGAACUUAAGUAUUAUUAAAAGUCUAACAGAAGACUUUAGCGUUCAAAAUUUUUUAUCAAUGUGCCCUGAACCAGUGAAUUAUUUUAAAAAUGCCAAUGUUAAUCCAAAUGCUACACAUGAGCAGGAAUCUCUUUUAUAUUUAUGCGAAAAGUAAGUUUGUCAAAAAAAUCUUAAUGGUAAUUUUUAUUGAAAAAUAAUUUUUUUUAUACUAGAUUUCCUAUGAUUUCUAAAGUCAUAUUAAGAAACGAGUUGAUUUUCAAUAAGCAUAAUUUAACAAACACAGUCGAAUCAUUGCAAAAUAAUCCAAAUCAAACAUUUUUGAAGAGAAAGAGAAAGUCUAUUGCCAACAGUUUCAAAGCUCCAAAUAAUAUUGAAUAUUUAAAAGAAGUAAACACAAAACAUUCAAAUUUGUUUAAAUAUAUUUCAAUAUUUUAUUUAUGUUAAUUGGGUAAUCAAUAUUUUUGUUUUAGAUUGCAUAUCUUGACCACAAAGAUCAAAUUUUAAAUCAUAUUGAAACUGAAAGAGCUGUGUAUGAAGUAAAAGUUCAAGAAGUAAAAUGAAGUUUAUAUAUAUAUUAUUAUUAUUCAUAUAUAUAUAAUGAUUAAUAAAUAUUUAUUGUGUUGAUAGGCCAAGUCUUUUGGUAGAUUAAAUACUUGUCAAUGUUGUUUCAAUGAUGAAGUUCUAGACUCUGAAAUUAAUAGCUGCCCAGUUGGUCAUUAUUUUUGUUCGUCAUGUAUUAAAAAGUAAAUAUUUACAUUUUUGUAGUACAAAAGAAUUGUAUACUAUUUAAAUACAUAAUGACAUAAUAUAUUUUAUUCAAGAUAACAAGAUUUUAUAACAAGAUAAGAGUAUGCUAAAUAUUACAAUAUAAAACAUCUGAUCUUGAUUAUAUAUUUAAAAAAAAAAUCUAACUUCCAAACAUGGACAGUAUUUCUACUUUUAAGUUUCAUAAUAGGCCAAUUCAUUUAAUAUUGAAACUAACAGUACAAAAUUGAUUCUUUUGAACAAAAAUUUGAUAUCCAAUUUUCAACAUAUAACCGUUAACAUAUAUAUAUAUUAUUUUUAAUGCUUUUUAUUUUAUUAGAUUACAUAUUGUUUUAGGGGUGUAGAAGUUGCAGUAGGCGCAGGAAAAUUGGAAUUUAAAUGCUUUGCUAAUUGUUCAGAACAAUUUAAUUUAGAUAUUAUUAAAGUGAGUGUUUUUUUUUUUUUUUUUUUUUUUUUCACAUUUGCCAUUUAAUUAUUAAUUAUUCAUUAUACUUUUAGGCUAAUGUAAAUGACAAAUUAUAUGACCGUGUUAUGAGACUAAAACAAGCACAAGAAAUUAAGGAUGCUGGUAUUGAAGGACUUGAAACAUGUGCAUUUUGUGAUUAUUCUGUAAUAUUGUCUCCCGAUUUUAAAACCAUAAAUUGUCAAAAUCAAGAUUGUAAGAAAGAAACUUGCAGGUCAGAUAUUUAUUAUACAUUUUUAAUUUAUAUAGUUAGAUAUUCAUGGUCUGUUAGAACAUUUUUUUAUGUAUUAUGACAUCUAUUAUUUUACAUAAAGAGUAAAUGAAUUUUAUUUAUCAUCUAAAAUCAAAUAAUAAUAUUUAUUAUACUAUUAUUAUUUGUAUCAUGGCAACACCUACACCUUCAAACUAUAAAAUAUUUUUUAAAACUCCUAAAGUCUAUGUCAUAUUAUAUUAUACAAUCUUUAAUAAUAAAAUUGAUUUACUUCCUGUGUAGAAAAAAGUUUUUUUUUUCUAUUUAAUUUUCAUUUUGAUUUUCUAUUUAGUAGUUAGUCUUAUAAUUUUUUUUACUUUGCUGUUCUUACCUGAUGAUAGAUCCAAGAGGACAGCAGGUGAGAAGAGAUAUCAUAUGGUGUUUGAUUCAUUGCAAAAAAUAGCUUUGUUAAGAGAAAAUCUAGAGUUAUAUGUUAACAAUAAGCUUGAGGAAUGGAGAGUAUCACUUGAAGGAAGGGACUAUGGAUAAGUAGGAGUAUGGAGGAACAGGGUAGUCUUGUUAAGCUGUCUUGCUAUAAUGAGACGACAAUAAACAGUUAUAGCCUAUAGGUUAGACGAGGUUGAGAGUUUUAAGUACUUAGGAUCUUUUGUACAGAAGAACAGUGGCAUUCAUGAGUAUGUGAAACAUAGGAUUAUGUGUAGUUUGAAAAUGCGCAAAAAAGUGCUGAAUAUUUUGUGUUUACGUAACAAGAGAUUUCUAAUGAGGCUUAAAGUUUAAGUUCUACAGAAGUAUGGUGAGACUGACUAUGUUGUAUUGUUUAGUGUUGGACGGUAGACAUACAAAUAAAACAGUAUGAGUGUAGCAGAGAUGAAAAUGCUUAAGUAUUAAGAGUGGAGUGAUGAGAGAAGAUAAUAUGAGAAUGAGUAAAUAAAAGGUUGCUUAGCCAUGGCUUUGUGGAUAAAAUGAGAAAAAAUGGAAAGAUAUAGUUUGGUCAUGUCAUGAGGAGAAACUGUAAAAAUUGUAAUGAAAAUAAAUUUAGGAGAAAAUAGAUGAAAGGAUGACUGAUAGAGAGAUGGUUGGAUAUGAUUUGAGAAUGAUAUAAAGAUGUGGUAUAUGCGAGGUGGGAGAUCUGAGAUUUACCCGAUUUCGGCUUUUACCCGUAACAUAUAUAUUAUAUAUGUUAAACCCUAUUGGUGAAAUAGUUCAAUUAGUACUUCAAAUAGUACUUUAUAUAAAAAAACAUACAUACAGGGUGAUUUACUAAGUGUGCUCACCCCAUUUUUAUUAUUUUUUUUGGCUAAAUUUUGCAUAUAUUCAAAUACUGAUUUUUGAAAUUUUUAAGUGUAAUUGUUUAAAGCCAAUAGUUUCAAAUACUAAGAUUUUUCACAUCAUUAAAGGAGUAUCCUGAUUUCUGCGGUGGUACCAAUUUUGGUUUUUUCAAAUGAGAAUUAUAUUAAAAAUCUAUAAAUAAACUGAGUAUUACUUUAAAUACAUUUUGGUGCAACAUUUUUCAUAUUCGUGAACCCAUUGACGAGAUAUUUCACUUUUAGGUUUAGGUAGAGGAAGAAUAGUAGAGUAGUAUUUGUGUGGCGGCAGAAUUUGAAUAUAUGGAAAAUUUAACUAAAAAUAUGAGUUGAACCCGCCUAGAGUAUUAUCAAGAUAAUGUGUGUAAAUAGAUCAGAUUUUAAAAAUCUUGAUUAUGAAAAAAAAACUAGCAGGUCACAUAUUUACUGAAUAAUUUAUAUUUUUGUUCAUUUAUAAUAUUUUUUAUUGUAUUAUUUUUACAAAAACUUUAUUUUAGAAUUUUUUAUAUUGAUGUCAUCAUACUUUCUGUCAUACCUUAGUUUCUAUCGAAAAUAAUAUUGUGUAUAAUAAUAUUAAUUUGUAGACUAUGCCGGGAAGAAAGCCAUUUUCCUUUUAAAUGCGAUGAAGUUGAAAAAGUAACUGAAGUGAAAAUCAGAACAAUGAUAGAAGAUAAAAUGACCGAAGUACUCAUUAGGUAAUUGACCCAAAAUUUAAUUUUAUAUUAUUCAAAUUUUAAUAAUUUUAAUUGUUUUUUUUUGUUUAAUAUAGAACUUGUUAUUAUUGUAAGCGUAAGUUUGUAAAGGAAGAUGGCUGUAACAAAAUGACAUGUAGUUGUGGAAAAGAAAUGUGUUACAUUUGCAGGCAACCUAUUGAGUCUAAUUACUCACAUUUUUAUCACACUCAUAUGAUGGAAAAUAAGUAAGUUCUAUGCAUAUUAAUCUGAAAAAAAAAUCAUUGUAUUAUAAAAUAUUUUACAUAACAUAUUAGGUGCCCAUUAUACACUGAUGAAAAUUUAGUCCAUGCUACUGCUGUUGAAGCCGCAGCUAGAUUAAUAGUGAAUGAGCUCAGAGAGAAACAGCCUGAAUUGUUACGGCACAUAGAUAUUGAUAAAAUUUUACCUUCGUUAAAAAAGAAUAGAACACCACCAAAGCAUGUUUCUGCUUUAGAUGCUAACAGAGUUGUUGCAACAGUAAUUGGCCAAAACAUUGAAGACGUAAAUAAUCUCAAAGAUAUGAGUAAGUUAAAAUUAUUUUAUAAAUUAAAAUAUAGUUUCAUAAUUUUAUUGUAUUUUUCUUAGGAUCAUUGGGACCCCGCCAGAAAAAACUCAGACGUUAAAUUAACAAAGAAAUUAAAAUGUGUAGAUGCGUGUACAUCUUUUUGAUAAGUUAAUGUGUAUUAAUUGUUUUGGGGUUUUACUGUUAGCUUAAUUUUCAUAUUAUACAUUUAUUUCUUCUUUUUUUUUUUUUUAUAUGCAUUCCUUAAAUAUAUUAUAUUAAAAGUAAUUAAAAGUAUGAAUAUAAUUUUAAAAUACAAGUAUUUAUAAUUUUUUCUUUUUUCUAAAUCAGCUUAAAUAACAAUUUAUGUGAAUAUUAAAUAUUUUUUUCUUUAAAAUACAAGAACAUAACUAUAUAUAGCAUUUUUUUUUAUAAUUUAUGAAAAAAAACCCAAGUAAUAUUUAAAUCAGUUCUUGUAAAAAUCAAAUUAUGGUAUGGAACUGAUUUAACUGCUCACAACAAAUUGUUUCAUUUAUAAAAUAUUUAAUAUACAUCAUUUUCGGUUCUAUUCAUAAUAUUAGUUUAUAAGUUUAUGACCCUUUCCUCCAUGAUUAAACCUAGUGUUACAGCAAAUAUGUUUAGUAAAUAUUUUAAAUUAGUCCAUUCUUACCCUCUCAAUAUUAAUGAAUAUGUCUUUGAUAACAAUGGAGUAAUUUUUAUACUUUGGCCCAUGAGAGAAAUAAACCGUGUUCAGAUAAAAACUCGUUCAACUAGGUGCAUGUAUACACGUCACAGCACAUAAGUGAAUGGAACCAAGUGAGGGAAACAAUACUUUUGAAUAGUCAGUAUUGUCAGUCUACAUGCGCGAAAUGGUUUACUUCUCUCAUGGGCUGGAGUGUUGGCACUUGUAGUUUUCUCUAUCAGAUAUUUUUAUUUGUAUUCAUUCAAUCUUUUCAACCCAUUUCCAGGCCCUGAUAUGAUACUGGCUUUCUAAACCAUAGUAAGUUUGUGGUUUUUUUCCUGUUUUUGUAUAAAAAUCAUGUCUGGUGAUAAACCUCUUACUAUCUUAAGGCCAAUUAGUAAAAUGUCUCUUAUUUUAAAAAUAUUUGAAGAAAUAUUAACUAAAAUUUGAUCGCAAUGUGUUACCCUAUAUUAAUAUAAAGCAGCAUGCAUUCAGACCCAUGAUGUCAAUUUCAACAAAUUAAUUUUUGUUUAUAUUGAUUUUCAGAAAACAUCUGAUAAAUUAAACCAUAUUUAUGGUCAUUUUUUAAAUUGGACACUCUUAUCUAACUUUUUGUUGGGAGGUAGUAAAGGUGUCUUAUUAUAUAUCUAAUGAUUUCAUAAUUAUUUCUGGUGUACCCCAAGGUUUCUAUCUAGGGCAUAUUUUAUUGAUAGCUCAGUAAAUAUUUUUAUUCUGUUAUUUUGUAUUUCUUCCACUAUUAAAUCUCAAACUAAAAUUUUAAUUUUACAUUAAAGUCUUACCGAAUUUGUUAUCAGGCGUCAUCAAAAUUACCUUCUAUUGAAUAUAAAACAUUGCAAUGUUAUUUUUUCUCAUCUAGAUGUAAAUGCUGCCCAGUAAGCUUUCUUGAAAUUAAAUCUUUUAAAAGGCUAAUUGCUGCUGAAAUAGCACAUAAUAUAGUUGUUAUGUUGGAUACUCUAUAUUGUUUCGCAGAUCUAAAGCGUUGGGUAACUAUAUUCUCCCUUACAUUAAUGAGAUCGGGGUUGUAUCUGCAUUUCCAUCUACUACUAGUGAAUGAAGGUUGUAGUUUAUGGUCAGGGAUUAGGCUGUUUUUCAAAUAGUGCCCAGGUUUCUAGAGAAUGGCCGUCAUUAUAUCUCCAACUCAUACGAGGACUCUUGCGCUUUUGUAGCAACAUUAUUUGGUUUAUGGAAUUUGAGUGUCGUUUUUGGUGGUUAAUACACAGAUAUGACUACAUUUUCCUUGGUCAAUCAUUAUUUCUUCUAUAUCAUCUACUUCUGUCAUUUCCUAGGAUAUGAUCCUAUUGAAUGUUUAGUAAAAAUUGCACUGCCAUAUUUUUCAUGGGCUCUUAUUGCUGCUUCAUUCCAUUUAUCUUUGGUAUUUUCGAUUUAGUUCUUUUAUGUGUCUUUUGCACACAUAAUACGUCACAUGAAGUCUCCUUUCAUAAUUGUGCCAGUAAAUAUUUAUUACGUGAUAUUCCUUUGAUAUUAGUUGAAAUUGUUAGUGCUGGCCCUGAAAAGGGCCGGUUUAGGUUAUUAUAGUAUUGAUCAAAUAUUGUGCAUGUGUUACUUCUAUAAGGAACCUAAAGUAGGGGUUAUUUAAUGUAUUUAAGCUUUUUUAUUACAUAUUAAGACUGUCAUUAAAAAAAAAUUAAGAUCAUAGAAUUUAUACAUACAGUAAUUUUAAAAAUAAUAACUCAUUUAAAACAUCAUAUAUCAUAUUUCUUAUCAGAUCUCAUGUUGAGUUUGUCUCAAUUGUUGUUUAGUCUCAAAGUUAUUUUUCAUCGAAAAUAUUCAAUAUAUAUUUUUAAAGUUAUAUUAUAAAUAAAAAUGCUUAUUUCAAGGCUCCAAAUCUUCUAGCUGGGAUUUCUUACUGUAAAUUAAGGAAAAAUGUUUCUGAAAUUAUGUUGAUAUAUAAUUUAUUAAAUGGUUAUACUGAUUCUUCUGAAUUACAUUCUAAGAUUCAUUUAAAUAUACUUACCUAAUUGCUGUUUGACAAAAUCUAAAUUACUUUUUGUAAGAUUUUAUAAAAAUAACUACAGUUCCGCAUCUUUUUUUCCUAUUACGUAAUAUUUUUAAACAAAAUGUAUAUUCUGCAUUGAG